AAGCAGUUCAAAAUACCCAAAGCUGUAAAAAAAAAAAACGCAGAUCUGGCAACACGACCCAAAUUCUACACUUACAAUACUAUACUUUACUAAACAGUAUGUCCAAACAGACCCGUAGUUUAGUUACUCUAAACGGCACAGCGUACAAUUUUUUUAAAAAAAUUUAUUUGAAUUGUUAGUAAUGUAGCACGAGGGUUCAACUGGCGCGCGAGGUGCUCACGUGAAGAGACGCUCGAGCACGUUCACGUCGGUUUGCUGACGUGUAAAUAUGUAGUAUUAGUACUACACAGCGUGAGGGGAGGAUUUAUUUAUAAUAUUAUCGUAUAGCAGCACUCGUAUAGGCUGGUUAUUACGCUGAAGAUCACAAAAUGGCGAAUUGUGGCGCUACAAAAUGGCGUGAAGCAUGGCACAUCAGAAGAGCUAAACUCGGCGUAGCCCUCGCCGUUAUAAAGAGCAAGCCUGCGGGGAAGAGCGCUCGGGAACAUGCGGAAUAUUUGGCGGCUAAACUCAAACAGCAGGAGGAAAACUGGAAAAGUAAAGCAGAAGAUCUUAAAGAAGAAGUUUUACGUCUGAAACAGGACCUGUUGCUGACUAAACUGCUGAGCAAGCAGAGAAAUGGCGCCGAGACAGCACGGGGUGAUUAUGUUGUAAAGCUCUUCUCCCAGGAUCUCACAGAGGCUCAGCUUUCAGAAAACGACUCGGGCUGCGACACCCAGACCCUUUCCCUAACGCCUGAUCCUGCCGACGCCGUCCUCUCCUCUACAGUCCCUCCAUAUUCCAUCCGACCCGGCCACUCAUCCUUCCACAGAGACACCCGGGAGUGUGCACUCUCCAAACACAUGCGGUUUCUGCAGAACCUGAGUGCGUUACGUGGCUCGGGGAGGAAUACACAGAUGGACAGAGGGGAUGCGGUGAUGGAGGACACAGCACUUAGCAUGAUUAAAUCUGUGGUGGAGGCCCACCGAGAAGCCGGAGCAGGAAGAUUAGGAGACGUUUCUCAGCUGGGUCGCUUCCUCCAGGCGUCACGCCUGGUGGCGCAGGCCCUGGAGAAGGGACUCUGCAAGCAGGACGUUUAUGAGAAAGCGGAAGAGAUGCUCGAGCAGCUGCUCGAGCUGCUGCUUAACAAUAGUCAGCUUAAUAAGUUUGCAGUGCAGAACAAUUUGACCAAGUGUCUGAUCUGUCUAGGAGGCGCCAGCGUGCUCGGGUCUGCGCUACUUAAACUCGGCCUGUCCCACAUCAUCGGCCUAGCUGAGCAUCUCUUGAGUGCCUGCCAGGAAGUGCCUGAGGGACAGCAGCCACAGCAGGUAGACUGGGUCAGAUAUGAGAACUCCUUUUACCUUUUCUGGACCCUAGAGCAGCUUAUUCAAGCCAGGUCAGGUCAAGCAGGGAAUGAACUCCACCACCUUCAAGCCCAGUUGGAAAAAGAUGUCCUCCCUCUUUCAGAUGAGUUUCCCCUGUUCGCUCUUUACAUGUGGAGAAUCGAGGGACUUCUUAAGCCUGCUUGCACCCGAGGGACCUGAGCUUCAAAGCUCGUGGUCUUUCAUCCUGACUCACAUUUUUAUUUUUUCUCUCCCCUCCCCAUAUCUCUGAGGCAAGCUACUGUUCAAUUCGAAAAUGUGCGAUUUAGACGAAGUGGAAACGUAUUGAAAGUCUGUGCAGUUACUGGUUAGGCCCCUGGACUAAAACUUAAGAAAAUACCAACAUUGUUCAUGACAAAUAAACCAAGUGAACUGUUCUUUUAAAGGAUUUGUCUUUAUGGUUGAUAUGAGUAUGUGUGGAAAGGAUUUGUCUUUAUGGUUGAGAUGAGUAUGUGUAGACUGCAGUGCUGUGAAGGUAAGUGUCGUGACUAUUGAAUUUGGAGAAUAAUUAUGGACUAUGCACAAUGGAUGUUUUUAGCUACUGCUCAUCUAAACACACAGUCAGUGUUAGUAAAGGGAAGUGGGCAUAAUUGUAACAUUUUUCCGGUUUGAGAGAGUUUACUCAACAAUGGUUUAAAAUUCAGACAUUUCACAUGUGUGUGUUAUUGCACAGUUGGUAGAACUCGUUUUCCUAUUGGAUCGUCAACUGGGAGUGUUCAGCUACUCAGUUCUGGGCAUUCAAACAGGGUCAAUAUUUGUCAUUUCAAUGCAUAUAAAUUCCUUUUCACAUGCAAACAAAUUAGGGCACACAGUUGCAGGCUAAAA